AUGUCGUCUAAUACAACAAUCCAUACCGGGUUCUGGACCAACUACUCCAAAGGAGCAGUAAUUGGAGCAACGCUCACACUUACCAAUCGGAAUGGCGGUGUAUUGAUUGCAGCACUUGCUAUCUUCAUCCAGCUCAUUGGCGGGCAAUCCUGGGGCAUCAUAAGUUUUAUUGUGCAUCAACGACGAACAACGACUCUUGCUAGAGAUGGUCUACAUCACCAACAACAAGCGGUGUUGAGAAACAACAAUUCUGAUGCCAGCUUUACCUGGCAAUUUAGCAGAAUAGGAUGGGCAUGGCGAUCUCGUGCCCUGAGGCCUUACCGACGAUCUCUUCUUUUUAUCGUGAUGGGGGUUCUUCAUCUCGUAGCCUUUGGAGCUGCUGGCAUCUUAGCUUCGCACAUUAUCACUGCUGGAGACGAGGUAACUGUAGCUCGGAGCAGUAGAUGUGGUCCAUGGGUCUCAGUUACGGAGAGCGGCAGUGACCCGAUUUCAGACGCACACAUACUUCAAGCAAGUUAUAUUGCAACGCUCGCACGAGCUGGCCAGCAAUAUGUCCAAGAUUGUCCUGGAGACUCUCAAUCCCUACCCGAGUGCAACAUGUUCAAGCGUUCGCAAUUGCCUUGGGUAUCAAGAGCAAAUACUUCAUGCCCUUUCGAUGAUCUCUGUCUUGGCCCUCUCAACAGUGGUUUAUCUCUGGACACAGGCCUGGUUGAUUCGCGCGACGAUCUUGGCAUCAACGGUAGAGAAGGUGAUCGGAUUCAAUGGAGGAAGAACAUAACGUGUGUGCCAAUCACCACAGACGGUCAUAGCAAAAAUGGCACUAGCUUCGUAAACUACAGAUAUCCGUAUUACAGAGGCCGCAAUGCCUUCAACUAUACAGCCAUAUUUACGGACCUCGUUAUACCCUCAAUUACUCCAUGUUGGGAUUUCCUGACCCUAGUUUCACCAAUGCAACUUAUCUGUAUACAAACUACCCAGAUAUCAGGGUGCCCGAAUACCCAGUCACUCAUGACCUUUAACCCUAUUCCAGCACUAUCUAUUCUGGAUACUGACCUUUCUUUAUACUUUACUACAGUACAAACAUGGUAUACAGCGCCAAGCGAUGAUCUCUGGCUACCCGCUCAUCUAGCUCUAUUUGAAAACUUCCAAGCAAGCUCUGGACCGAUCGUUCGGAAGGAAAUAUACUUUCCGGAUAACCAGGUAACAGUCCUGGCUUGUUUGGAGCAACAGCAGAUCUGCAACCCUACACCGCUCGUUAACAACACGAAACAUUGCACGCGCUUUCAACCCAUCUUUACAAACUUUGAAGAGCUUCAAGACGUAUUGAGCACUUCGCGUCAGAUGAGGCUAGCAUAUUCAUUGUUGAAUUCAUCUAUGCAAUCAUCGCUUGCCUAUACCAUCGACGCCAUCCCACUACUCGCAGAAAGUCUUGGAGAUGGGGCACUAUCUUUGCCCAUAUCUCCCAUCCAAUGGAUCCUUGAGACCGAAAAUUGGUUUAAGGUCGGUCUGUACAUAAUGCAGCGGCUUACGGUGGACUUUGCUACUAGCCCGCCUUCUCAAUUUUCACAGUUCAUCCCAUUAAAUCAAUGGAAUAAUGAUACCGACCUGCGCUGGAUGUGCGACAAUCAAAUUCUGAAGCGCAGGGAUUACACAAACUUUCACAGCCUUUCCAUCGGAUUUAUAUUCGGAUUUGGUGUACUUGUCUACGCAAUUAAUCAAAGUCUCGAGACGACUGUAGGCUGGGUACGCUUGAAAUGGAGAAGUGGGCGGUGGAGACAACGGGCUUGGUGGGCUGACGGUACUCUGCAGUUGCAAAGACGUGCAUUUGAAGGCAUGGGUAUUAAGGACUGGGAAUUGGAUGAGUGGGACAGGGUAUGACCGAAAAGGGCAGGGUGUUUAGUGCGUUGAGAAAUUGGGAUGAAAUGCUUCCACACUCUGUGAAACUCAAAAACACAGCUGUGGUUGGGACGAACAAGACUUCAGUAAGCGAGGUGGCUGAGGAAGAUAAAGACAUUGUACAGGUGGCUUCUAGCAGUCCCCCUCGUAAGGAGGUGGCGAGAGACACCAAGAGUCCCAGACCAUACUCUGUUUAGGUGGCACUCUGGAGCAAGGUAAAACCUGGGGUGGAUUUACUACUUGUCUAUUUGUAUUCUUCCCGAUGUGGCGAUCUCCUAUAUUCUAAUCAGUACGUGUGGACAAAGACAUGACGUACAUUUGAAGUAGAGUAUGGAGAGGGGAUC